AUGGAGACACUACCUACAGGUCUGCUAACAUUCCAAGACCGAACUUUGGAGCAAGCGAAGACCUCUUCCACGAUCUAUCUCACGAAACUCCCGUUGUUCCAGCCAAGACUAGAUGCCACCCGUGAAGAAGCAUUCGAACUGUCGUAUCAGAGGGCCAAGGCUCUCAACGAUCACUAUGGACUUACUGCCGACGAUAUAAUCUCCCUCUCGACAAAAUUCUUCGACAUGCACUGUGACGACAUAAUUCUCCGCGAUGUGGGCUCCCAUGCUUUGCUCUCGAUCCAGCAUAACCUCGCUGCAGGAACGAUCGCACCAUAUGUAAGAAGAUCACCUGGACUACAAGAUCUGCUCGACAAAAUCUUGAGGUUCGAAGUCUCCGCCGGAUUUAUGUUAACAGAGCUCGGUCAUGGGCUGGACUGCAAAAACCUCGAGACUGAGGUCAGGCUGCAAGACGACGGCACAUUCAUCUUGCACACUCCACGGCAGGAGGCCGCAAAGUUCGUUCCCCCUUCGAUGCCCAUCGCGAACCUUCCGCGUAUAGCCAUCGUUAUGGCCAAGCUCGUGGUCAAGCAGGAGGAUCUCGGUAUCCGACCUGUUAUAGUGGCUCUUGGAGACGGAACACAGAUGUGUAAAGGUGUGACUUCCCGUUUACUUCCAUACAUGGGUGGUAUACAGGCCCCAUAUGCCAUCACAUCAUUCGAAAAUGUCAUUCUGCCCUCCAAUGCAGUACUAGGCAGCCUAGAGAAGCCAGCCAACAUGCGCGAAAACUUCUUCAAUCAGAUUGGUCGCAUAUCUCCUGGCACUCUCGCGAUGUCGAUGAUUAUGAUUCCCGCCCUGAAGCUUGUAACGUACAUCGCAGGAAAAUACAGCCUUCGUCGCACGGUAGGAGUGGCCGAGAAGAAACGCAUACCUAUCAUCCUUUUUCGGACACAACAGAUGCCUAUCCUUCACGCAUUGGCAAAGUUGGCUGUCAUGGUGCCAUUCGCAAAGCAGUGCGUUGAAUGGUUCAAAGACACUUCCUUCAAGCCUGAGGUCAGAUAUGGUUUUGCUGUGAUUAUGAAGGCGGUUUUCAUUCGCAUGGCACAACGCAGCAUUCCGGAAUUGGUGGAGCGUUGUGGGGCUCAAGGACUAUUCCACCACAAUCAAAUCUGUGACGCGGACAACAUGGUACGCGCAUGCGCUAUCUCAGAAGGCGACACGCUCGUAACAAGCAUUCGUCUCGCGGUCGAACUAUGUCUCGGAAAGUAUAUGAUGCCUGAGGCAACCAGGACCGACUGCUUGCUGGCGAAAUACGAAGCGGGUCUGGCUGAAGAUGCCAUGAAUACAAUCAACUCAAUUCCCGAGGGCCACAGGAGUACAGAGUUCAACAGACAGCUGAUUCCCCAUUGUCGACCGAUAGUUGAGGGUAUCGGGGAUCGGAUGGUCUACGAGACUGCGCUCGCUCGUAAGGUUGACAAAGACUUACUUACCCUCUGGGAAGUAGGUGCUAUCAAGGAAAAUCUCAGCUGGUACGUCGAAAAAGGUCUACUCACAAGAGAGAAAUUUUGGGAAACCGAGAACCAAGCUCUAAGUGCUGUCGAGUCUCGCACUGAAGAGCUUAUCGGUCAGCUCGAUAUGGAGGCGUACGUAACAGCACCGAUUGUCGAACAGUCAUUGUUCGACGAUUUUGUGGCUGGCUUGCCAACUUUCACAGGGGAUACCAUGUUAUCACUGGUUUGA